AUGUCCCACAUGACUACCAAUCCGACUACAGCCUCAUCGAACAACGUGUCAUCCAUACAACCUUCGAGCGGACUUUCGGACAAGUAUCCUGCGGUGUCGGAUCAUGAGAAUCAUCCGGAGGUUGUGCUUGGAACCCAACAAGAUCCUUACAACUCAUACCAUCAAGUGAAUCCAAGCUAUUCUCAGCAGCAGAAUCAGCCUUAUGGCCAAUAUUCAUCUGGAUAUCCACCACCUCGGGCAGGAGACACGGUGACGGCGCCGGCGCCUCGCAGACUGAAUCCAUGGGGCUUAUCGCCCCUCGCGUUCGGUAUCCUCGUCGCGGCAGUGACGGCCGUCAUAGUCGGUGGUGCAGUGGGCGGAGGAGUUGCUGGCGCAAUGUCCAACAAACAUUCCGACUCAUCGGAUCUUCCAGCCUCAACCGUCACAAUCACUGCAACUGCCAGUUCUGCAAGCUCAGCAUCGACGGCUACCUCUAGCCUUCCACUUCCCUCCUCUCUUAAAAACUUUGUCGCCCCCGAGCCAUACUACGUGGGCACGUUGGAGAACCCUGGCUGCCCACAGGACACGUCGACAAUCGAGGUCCAAUACAGCAAUGCCUUCAGCCUUUACUGCGGUAUCGACUUUCACAGCGGCGUGCCAGAUCUCACCGAUUCAUCGCUGGUGGUUGCCGACUUUGUAGGCUUGUUCGCCUAUAGCAUCACGGAUUGCCUGUACGCGUGUUCAAAUGCCAGACAUUUUUUCUCACAGUGGGGUCAAGACCAUAUGCAGACAUGCAAAGGCGUCACUUGGAACUACCAGAUGGCGCAGAGUAACUCUUCUGGCAACGCAAACUGCUGGCUGAAGAAUGGCACAUCGCAAGGAUAUCAGUGCAACACCUGCAUCAGUGCAAUGCUUUCGCAAUGA